GAGUCUCCGUCGGGAAACGCGCUGUGGCUGCUUCGGCGUGGAGGUGCUUUCAAACUUUGGGGGUUUGUUCCUGUCCCUCUUUCUGAAGAGCGGAGAGAAGAUGGAGAGCGAGCCCGGCGCGCAGACAUCAAAUCAAACGCAAACAGAUUCAUUAUCUUCAUCCCCUAAUCCUGUGUCACCUGGGCCUCUGAAUAAUCCAACAAGUGCCCCAAGAUAUGGAACAGUGAUCCCUAAUCGCAUCUUUGUAGGAGGAAUUGAUUUUAAGACAAAUGAAAAUGAUUUAAGAAAAUUUUUUUCCCAAUAUGGGUCUGUAAAAGAAGUGAAGAUUGUAAAUGACAGAGCUGGAGUAUCCAAGGGGUAUGGUUUCAUCACUUUCGAAACACAAGAAGAUGCACAAAAAAUUUUACAAGAGGCUGAAAAACUUAAUUAUAAGGAUAAGAAACUAAACAUUGGUCCAGCAAUAAGAAAACAACAAGUAGGGAUCCCUCGUUCCAGUAUAAUGCCAGCAGCUGGAACAAUGUAUCUGACAACUUCUACUGGCUAUCCUUACACUUAUCAUAAUGGUGUUGCUUAUUUUCAUACUCCAGAGGUAACUUCUGUCCCACCACCUUGGCCUUCACGUUCUAUAUCUAGUUCCCCUGUGAUGGUAGCCCAGCCUGUUUAUCAGCAGCCGGCAUAUCACUACCAGGCCCCUGCACAGUGUCUACCAGGACAGUGGCAGUGGAGUGUGCCUCAGUCUCCUGCCUCUUCUGCUCCAUUUUUAUAUUUGCAACCUUCUGAGGUUAUUUAUCAACCAGUGGAAAUUGCACCAGAUGGUGGAUGUGUUCCUCCUCCACUAUCUCUAAUGGAAGCUUCAGUUCCAGAGUCUUAUUCUGAUCAUGGAGUUCAAGCAACAUAUCACCAGGUUUAUGCUCCAAGUGCCAUUGCCAUGCCUGCACCAGUGAUGCAGCCUGAACCAAUUAAAGAACCAAGGUUACAUUCUGUGAGAAGAGGCUUUUCUCAACCGUCAUCUAUAGGUUUGAAACCUCGAUAUUCUCGAAGUCCACACUUUUCAUCCUAGGAAAGAUUUCAGAGCAGAGGAUUCAAUUCUUACUCUACCUUCCUCUACUGAUUCUGUUAAGUAGAGUUUUAGAAAACUAUUUUAUCCAAUAAUAGAAAACUAGGCCAUGUGUGGUCUGAUAACAAAUAUGAGGGUGUUGGAUGUGCUUACAAUUAAAUGUUUUUGCCUUUUAAGGAAAUUAAAAAAGUCUUAACAGCCAGAACAUCGGAGAUGCAGGAUAAAAGCAUGGUUUCCUUUACUCACACACACUUAAGUAACAUAGACUUAUAGUGUGUAACAAAUAGAACAUAGGUAAUAUUUAUAAAACAACCAAUAUCUUGAUAAAGUUUUAAAAUUUUGGUCAUCAUCUGGAUAUCUUAUCAAUAUGACAAUGUCAUAUCCAGCCACUUAAAAACAUCUUUGAUAUUUGGGUUUUCCAGUUUGAUUUCAGGUGUGUCAUAUUUAUAGACAGCCAUGGCAUAUACAGAAUAUACACAACAGACUGUUUACAAUAAAUUCCUAAAAAUACUGUUUUAGGGAGAAAAAUACUGUUUCUACACUACUGUUUUAGUGUAGAAAAUUCUAACUUCCACAUUAUUUUGUUUUCAGUGGAUUUAGGUUUGUAUAUAUUUUGCUUGUAUUAAUGUUUUUGAUAAGAUAUUUCAAACUCCAGGUUUACAUUAGAAAUUUUGGUAGAUAUUAAUACAUAUAAAAAUUGUUUAUAUAAAACAUAAAAAAUGUUGUAUCACAAUCAACUAUUUAUUUUAUGCCAACUACUAUGUUUAAAGUUGACACCAUUCUUAAAUAUACUUAAAGGUAUCUCCAAAUCUAUUUCUGGCCCUGUCAUUCAUACAUGAAAUAUUAGGGCUCUUAUAAGCAUUUACUGCAUAUCAUGUCAGAUUCAAUACAGGUUUCUUCCUUUAACACAGCAACACUUACUAAUACCCCUUUUUAUCUUUCAUUUAGGUCUUAUUUUGUCAAGUUGCUAGGUUUUCAAAACAUUAAUCUUGACUGAAUAAAACUUACCUAUAACAUAUUUUAUCUUUAAUAUAGAGACGCUAUGAUUAUCUACUCUUACAAAAAUUAUUUUAUAAUUAAAAACUGCCAUACUAUUUUUCAAAAUUAAAAAAUGGUCAUGCUAACUUUAAAUCCUUCCUGUUAAUAUAUAUUCCAACUUUCUUCUAUAAAAAUGUUAUAUUCCUUUUAUAGUAGAUUGGAUUAAUAAUAGAAGUGAAAAUACAGUAUAUAAAUACCAAUAUUUAAACUGACUAAAAGGAACUUUAUUCUAGCAUUUAUAGAAAUUUGUGCAAUUCUAGCACAAAUUUUAAUUUGUGAAUUAAUUUUAAUUCAUGAAUUUUAAUUUCAUGAAUAUUCCAUAAACCAAAGUUAGUUUGUACUUCUGUUGAAAAAUAAGAAUUAUAUAUCAAAGCCUUGUAUUAGGAAGAUGAUCACCCUAUUACAAUUUAAAUUAAUUUUUUAUCCCGUCCCAUAAAGGAUAAUGAAUUAUCCACUUAUGUAUAUAUUUAUUGGCUAUAUCACCAUAUUUUCAGGCUAAAAUAUUUAGAUUGAGGGAAAAAAUGUAAUAGCAUAGUCAUAGUACAGAAUAUUCUAGCACAUCCUAAGGCCACUUCAUCUAUUGAGAAUAUUUUAUUUUGCUACAUUUAUUUUGAAUAUAACAAGCUGUGUGUUAAUGUCCAGUAUUCUGUAAUUAGAAGGCUAGUCAAAAAUAUCAUGAAACAAUCUAUUUAAAUAAUCUGCUUGUCUGAUGUUUUCAGUAUACAUUUUAAUGCUGUAUUUAUUAGUCAGGCUUAUUCAGUAUAUACCAACACAUUUUUGUUCUAAAACUUUUACAGAUUUUCAGAAGUCCAAAAGUAAUUCCAUUUAGCUCCAAAACAAUUUACAGUUUAAGUGUUUUUCAUUUUUUUUUCUCCAGACAAAAAGUAAAGAAAAAUGGAGAUGGCAUGAAAAUUCACUGAUGUACAAAAAAACCUGUUCUGCUUAAGUUGUGAUAUUUUGUUCUUAUUUUAUAGAUUGAUGCGACAUAUCCAUGAUAGCAAAAACAGCUUUAAUAAGUAUAAAAGAUCAUUGUAGUCUUUAACUAUUAAGGUCCUUUUUGCAAGUUAAUAUUUAAUAAUAAAUAGUCUUAGCCUCACACAGUUCUCAAGCAACCAAUCAAAGAAAAAGAAAAUGUGUAAUGAUUUUUUAAAAAGCAUAUCUUUUUUUUCUUUGUGGUUUUGGAAAAAACAUCUAAAGAAUAAUAAUUUUAAACCAUACAUUAAAAUGAGAUGAUUUUUAAUACUUCCAAUGUGUUUCUUGCUAAUCAUAUUUAGAAUAUUUGUUUUUAACAUGUCUAACUUUGGUAUCAAAGAAAGCUAUACAAUAUCCACUGAAUACAUUUUUACAACACAUCAACUUCCAAAAAUAUUUACUAGUGUUUGACCUAUUAUGAAAAUAUUUUCAAAAGAUACUAAUACAUGUAAAUUUUUCCUGCCCUAUCUUAAAUACCCAAAUACUGACUAGCAAAGUUAACUUCAGGUUUAUUUUAUUCAGACUAUCUCCAACUACAUAUGAGAAUAGCUUUCAAUUAAAGUAAUGCAUUUACUACCCUAAUAUCUAUACCAAAGGGAAAAUGAAAUAAACUCAACAAAAAUCCUCUUUAUCAAAUAGAUUCUUAUGCCUGUGCCCUCGAUACGUCUCUUUAGAGAAUGGCUUAUUUUAAAAACACUUGAGGUCAGAUUUAACUACCUUCACCUAUUGACUAUCUGAACAUCUUUUGAUAACAUCAUUGUACUUAGCUAUUCCUCUUCUCCCUACUCUCAAUGUUAAGCAGUAAGUUGUAACUAUUUUUUUCUCUAACAUCUGGUUAAUUUCCUAAUCUUUACACUUAGCUAUAGUUAUAUAUUAUUUUUAUGCCCUAGAGGUGAUAGCCCCACCAUUUUAGACAGUCACCAUGGAUUAUGGAAAAAGGAAGGGAAGUGACAUAUACUCUCCCUUAGGCUAGAAAACGAAUUUUAUGACAUCACCUACAUCCAAGAAUGUUUUAUUUAAAAAUUGUUUUGAAUUAAUUACCUUCUAGAUGCUGAUUUUUAUGUGGACAAAAUUUUAGUAAGAAAAAACUUUCUACUUUGAGGAUUUACAACUUUUUGUAUAUCAGACAAUCAUAAUGAAUGUUAAUAACAUUUCCUCUAUAUUCAGCAAAAAAUCCUUUCAAAAAUCUUAAAAUGGCAUGAAAAUUCAACAUCACAUUUCAUGCAGUUAACCAUACAUAUUUCCAGUUACCUUAGUAAAGUUUUUCCUAUAAUACUAAAAUAGGCUUCUUCCUCAUUAUCACUUGAUUUAUUUAAUUACAUUCCAGUGUGAGUUAUAAAAUGAAACUGAACUCAGGACUAAGAAGUUAUGCUUUGAAAAAAUGUAGGGAGCUUUCCAUAAAAUAAGUUUUAUAGAAAGUUAAUGUAAUAAAUUUACCUGAAUUGAAGAUUCUUUGCUUUUUGAAAGCUUUUACAAAUUCUUUCAGUAAGUGAUUUUUAAAGGUAAUAUUUUAAAUGUUUAUAGGGUAUUUUUUAUAAUGCAUCAGUCUAAUUCUAUCAGCAAGUUAUAAUUUACUAUUCCAAAAAUACUGAAAAGUACCCAUCAUACCUUGCUAGCUAUUUGCAACUCAAAUUUAAAGAGACUUCUAAAAUAUUUAAAGUAUGAAAUAAAAACAUAGGUCUUCUUGGUCUUUCAUGUCAACAAGAACUUUAAUACCUUUUGAUACCUUUUUUAAAAAUAUAAUUUAGAUGAUUGCUAAGAGAUAUAUAAAGCCUAUGUUCAAGCACACUUCUUCAAGGUGUAGACCAUGUCCAACAUAAUAGCUAUAGUUCAUUAAAAAUCUAAAAUAGGACAUUGACUAUGUGAUUCAUAGUAAAAUCUCUAAUUUGGGGAAGUUAGAACAUGUUUUGACUGUCACAGUUAAAACAAGUUUUGACUGUCCUGUGAGAAAUAAUUACUAGGAAUUAUCCAAUAUGUGGCAUUUUAACUGACAGGGUGGUAUUUGAUUUGGUAAUAACUGGAGUCAAAAGAGCAUUUAAUCUGGUUUCAGCAGGUUUGUAAGGAAAGCUAUAAGAAUACAGUAAUAAAUGUUCAGUAAAUUCAUAGAACUUUGUUAGUAAAUAGAUGAGUCUCAAUUUCAUUUGUAUUAAAACUGUAUGUACAAAAUGAAAGUUUCAGUGCUUGUGACCUCUAAUAAAAUUCUCUGGCUGUUACUAUAAUAAUUCAAAUAAAACUGUUCAUGAUUAGAGAAAAUGCGUAUUUAAAGCAUCAGUUAG